ACAAAAUUCUUCUCUGAGUUGAAACUUGUAUAAGAACAGUUAUAUGUAUGCAAUAUGUAACAGUAUAAGUAGCUAAAUAUUAUAACUCAUUGUUGAUGAUACAAGCAUGUUUAUGAAAGGAUGUCUAUAGUAAUUUAUCUGUAGACUGCAAUUCUGCAUCCAGUUACUAGUCAAUGCUUAUUGAUACGUGAAUUUCCUACGUACAAACAUAAAUGUGAAUGCAUGUAUGUAAGACUGAAUUGGCAUUGCUAAUUUACCAAUUGUAUGUACGUACGUAUGUAUGUAAGUACUUCGAUCAAUUAAUCCAGAGAUGACUAGUCCUAAUUUAUUCCUCGUAAAGCAUACUGUAUGUAGAUAAGUUUGUACUUGGAAAUUCAUAUACGUAUGUAUGUAAUACAUACAUACAUACAUACAUACUAUGUAUGUAUUACUUGUGCUUAGCACUUAACUGACCAUAAAAUUAUUGGAGAUUGCUACAUAUUUACAUACAUGUCACCCCAAAGUAUAAUCUUUCGUGUAAGUAAUUAAAUGUUGAAAAAAUACUCCACACUGUGAUAUCUGUAAUUGUUUAUUGUGAUAAUUCAUACUAAUUAUAGUAUCCAAAUAAGUGAAAUGUUGGCAGGUUUGUGUAAGAACUUUAGGUCAAUCAAAAAAUGUAUCUAUUACGCCGUUAUUUUGGAAUUUAAAUAAGACCUUUCUAAAUUCCUAGUCACAAAAUGUCAGUUAAUUACACCCUCUAUGACGACAAAUUCCACAAGUGCGACGAAACACGCUUUCGAAGUGGAACAUGCAAGACAUUUACAAUCGAUGCAGGGAAAUGCAUGAACCAUGAAUUUUAUGACAAUAUGGUUUCCUCAAUUAAUACAUUAGGUAAUUGUAUAAUUAUUUGGGAAUAUGCUGACUGUACGGGCGAUUCAACGAGAAUUGGACCCGGAUCUCCCCAUCAUGAUAAUCUUAGCCCUCUCAAAAUGAGUGAUGGAAGGAGUUGGGAUGAUCAAAUGUCUUCAAUUAGCGUUUGUCCCCCGAACAGUUGUGGCUCGAGUACUUUUAAGUGUACUGAUAAAACGUGUAUCGAAAUUGGUUUCGUAUGCGAUGGAGAAUACGAUUGCAAGGGUGGUGAAGACGAAUUCAAUUGUUCACGAACCUGGGAAUCACAACAGAUUUACGAAUUACUACAAAAUUCUAGGAGAUUACAAGAAUCAAUGUCACCGAGCCAGUCAACUACUGAAGACGUGGAAAUAUCGUCAGCACCCGAGGAAACACCCACAUCCACAAUACCCGUUACUAAUUGCUCAAUCAAUGAAACAUAUUGCGAACGAGAUGCAAAAUGUAUUCCAGUCAGCAAUAAUUCUUCAAAUUGUGGAGAGGCAGAGAUUAAAGAUGGGAAUCAUGACUUCGAUUUAUUAUUUCUUACCAUGGGGACCAUACUAACCAUCAUAGUUUUUACCAUUCUUGGAAUCUGCAUUGCAGUCUUUGUUAGGCAAAGAAAGAACAAGGCAUCCAUUACGUCACCAUCGGCUACAAUCCCACUACAUCAAAUCUCUCGUAAAUUGCAACUCCUCCUCCCCCCACCUCACCCUCUUUUUCCUUUAACACCUCCUUGGAAAACUCAUCCUUCCUUAAUCUGUCUUGCCCUCCUGGGCGAAGGAUUUUUCGGAAAAGUGUACCAAGUUGAAGAUCAAAGCGCAAUUGUUCCCACGACCGGGUACGCUAUCAAAUGUGUCGACAUGCUAAAAACGCUGGGGAGCUGCAGUGGUCCUUCUUCUUCAUCGAUUAGUACAACGCCUCUGCCCCCUGAAAGCAGUGGCAUAGUAAUUGACCUGCAAAACUAUAUGACCAUCCUUCUCAACGAGAUGGAAAUCAUGGACCAACUAACGUGUGACCAUGUCGUUCGGUACUAUGGUUGCUGGGCAGAAGCGGAAGACUGUAGUCAGAUCCUCUUAUCAAAGUCUCGAUUAGAGUCAUAUAUCCACGAACUUAUCGAGCAUUGCAAUAAUGCCAUGUCAUCUAGUCAAAAUUCGCCCCUGAGUCACAUCUUUAUCAGGAUGGAACUAUGCCACACCACUUUGAAACAUUAUUUGCAAGUGUGCUCCGAAGAGGGAGGAGAUGACGGUCAGGAUAUUAUUCAACAGAUUGCGACUGGGCUUCACUAUGUACACACGAAAGGUUACAUUCAUCGGGAUAUUAAACCAGGAAAUAUAUUUUGUAAGGUAGAAUCGUCUGGGACUUUUACUUGGAAAAUUGGUGACUUUGGGUUAGCAGUGAUGAGCAGAGAGGACGGAAAUGUUGGGGUGGCUGGGACUUAUCUUUAUCAAAGUCCGGAAAUGAGGAGUCAAUUGAGGUACACAGUUAAGACGGAUUUGUACAGUUUGGGAUUAGUUGGGGUAGAAAUUUUACACAAAGAUGGGAAGAAUUUGGAUAGAUUUGCAGUUUUCUCCGACUUGCGAGGGUUUAGUGGGGUUGAGCGACGUAACUAUUUGAAUAAUUGUUGUAAGGGGAAGUUUGGAAAAGUGAUCAAAAUUGUUAACCAGGUGUUAAAUGUAGAUCCAGAUAGUCGUAUUUGCUCAGAGAAGUUUUGUAACUUGCUGAAAUAUUUAGAUACAAAUGGAACGCGUAAUUAAUACGACAAAUCUGCAAAUUGUGCCCAACGUGAAUCGCUCGCGUUGAACGAAAUGAAUGAAUAGUGAUGAUGAUCUGAUGAAAACUCGUACAAUAAAUGUAACAUUUCUAUUCUAGGAAAUGUCCUUUUAUACCGCUAAAAUCUAUGCGCAUAUUUUUUAGUGUAUAUAUAUACCUUCUAUAAUUUAGAGCACAUGAAAUUUCUACAAUAAUUUGUAGAUUUCCGCUUAUGUACAAGAGAUACAAUGUGUAUAUUUGUCAAAUAUUAUAUAAUAAAAUUUUCUCUUAUAUGGGAACUCAAAUAAAACUACAAUUAAAAUUGCAUAAUUACACCUGUUAAUUAUUACGUAUUUUAGUAUUAUCAGAGUAACGAAAAAACAUGAAAUUGCUCUUUGAUUUUGAAAUACAAAUCAUUCUAAUUUAAUUUUUCUGAAAGUGUGCCUGUGUACUUUUAAUGAUAACUUACGUAUUAAAUAAAACGUACAUUUAAUUUCUAUUAAAUACUUAAUCAAUUUCCUCUUAAAAAACGUACUUGAUGAUGGGACCGUACGUAAAGGAAGUGAUGGAUAUUUUCCUGGGAAUUUGAACUCCCGGGGUGACCCACAUGCCUCGUACUGUAAGUAAUGUGAAAAGGAUAUGACCAGAAAUGUGUACCACGCUUUAUGCACGGUCCCAAUACGGUUCUUAUUGUGCUUGUUUCUUGCAUUUCUUACGUCAAUCGUAAUUUAUGUACGUGUAUGUAAAUACGCAGUUAUUAAGUCAUAUUCACCCGAAGCUUAUGUACAAAUGAGUCACCGAAUAUUACUUUCUGUUAUCAUAGGAAUCUGAUUUGGGAACAAUUUUCGCUUCAAAUUUUAAUGAACCACAACUCACUGAUCCAGUCCAAGGAAGCAUCGUGAAGUCCUUGGGUCUAAAAGUGAUAGCUCGCCUAUUUCUCAAAAUUCAUGAAGAUAAAAACUAUCCAAGAUAGAUUUUAAUGAUACAAAUGCUUAUACUUUUUGAAACCAUAGUAACAAAUUAGCACAAUUAUACCCACAAUUUGGACAGAUUUGACGGAAAUUGGAUUAUUUUCACUAGCCACAUCAUUGAGCAAAAUAAUAAG